AUGGUUAUACUCUUUCUUACAGCAGCUGUCGCAUUUUCAAGUCGAAUAACUUCUGUCAUUCUUUAUGAAUCGAUCAUUCAUGAGUACGAUCCAUAUUUCAAUUAUCGUGCAACUCUUCACCUACUUGACAAAGGUCACUACCAGUUCCUCAACUGGUUCGACAGUAAUUCUUGGUAUCCAUUAGGACGAAAUAUCGGCUCCACUGUUUAUCCCGGUUCAAUUUUUGCAAAUAAAUUAUUCUUAAGUCUUAUUCGCUUGUUCAGAAUUAAUAACGGUACUUGGAUUGUUUUGCAAAUGAAAAUAUCAGUUGAAGCGCUAAUACUUCAUGAAACAACAAUUCUUUUUACAGGUUUAAUGGUCGUUGCAGCAUUUCUUCAUAAAUUCUUAAAUUGGUUGCACAUCACCGUUCAUAUUCGCGAAAUUUGUGUAUUUAUUGGACCAAUAUUCAGUGUUUUCACAAUCGGUGUCAUGUAUUUAUUCGGGAAAAAAAUAGAUAAUGACUGUACUGGUUUAAUGUCAGCUGCGUUGAUGGCUGUCGUACCGGGAUCGACUUUCCGUUCUGUCGCAGGGUCGUUCGACAAUGAAAGCACUGCCAUAUUUCUUAUGGUUUUCACCUUCUACUGCUGGAUUCAGGCUCUCGAUUCUGGCAAUAUUUUCUGGUCCAUGAUUUGUGCUCUUGUCUAUUUUGGAAUGAGCUAUACGUGGGGAGGUUAUGUAUAUGUGCUGAACUUGAUUGCUUUGCACAGUUUUUUUCUAAUCCUAGCUGGGCGAUUCUCAUCAAAAACAUAUGUGGCCUAUUCAAUCGUUAAUAUUUUGGCAAAUUUUUAA